CAGUGCCUGGCUCCAUGCAACGACAGCUAUCCAGGCCCUCGUCAGGGACCCAGCCACGCGUGACGCAAUCACACUGCACUACCAUGAACUCUCGGGGUUCACGCCAAACACAGAGAGCUUGCAACGUGAAGCAAUAGGCAACACCGUCCGUGUCUGCCUCGCAGUGCCCAGUCACUGAAGGCAAACAGAGUGGAUGAGAACCGGUUUACUCCCACCAUCGCUGCCGCUACCCCGCACCCUCCUUCUUGCGCGCCUUCGCAUCCCUCCCUCCCACCAGCAGAGAAACCCCACGCAUCCCGCUUCGGCACUUGAGGCCCGGUUGGCGCCAUAUCCAUGUUCUCACAGAAGAAACCCUACUCGGCUGUCACCGUCACUAUCGAGCGGUUGACCAGCGAGACAUACGAGGAGGAUGAUCUGAGCGGCAUUCCGGACCUAGUUGAGGUCAUCAAGCUCCAGGGCUCGGGUCCCACCGAAGCCGCCCGCGCCAUCCGCAAAAAGCUAAAGUACGGCAACGUCCAUCGCCAACUCCGCGCUCUGACUCUCCUCGAUGGCCUUAUCCAAAACGCCGGGCCUCGUUUCCAGCGUGCCUUUGCCGAUGAGCCCUUGCUGGAGCGCCUCCGCUUUUGCGGCACCUCGGAGCUGUCCGAUCCCGAGGUGAAAAAAAAGUGUUCCGUCCUCUUCCGCUCCUGGGCUGCCGAGUACGGAAAGACGCCGGGCCUUGAGGGUGUCUCAAAGCUCUACAAACAACUUCCCCGCCGCAAACAAGCUGUGACCCAAGACCGGUCCGCGGUGCUGCGUGAGACGGAGCAGAACCCGUUCCAGCCGGGUGAGGAUGCCAACACCGCAAAGUCCUCGGGCAAUCCCGCCGGCCACGCGGGAUCGUCCUCAGCUGGAGGUUCCCACGUGACCGGGCGUAUCGAGUCCUUCAGCCACUUCGGGUCGAAAGACAAGAAGAAGAAGGACAAGGACAAGGACAAAGGAAAAAAGGCCCCGCGGCCAUUCGACCUUGCGGCUGAGCAGGACCAGAUGAAGACCACCAUCGCCGAGUCCUCCAUAGCAGCCACCAACCUGCAGAAUGCACUGCAGACCAUCAACCGGGAGAGAGAGCGAAUCUCGGAAAAUGAGGCCGCCGUCCGCCAUUUUGAGGCAUGCAAGCAGCUCAGACGGAAGAUUCUCCGAUAUAUCCAUCACGUAGAGUCGGAGGAGUGGCUUGGCAGUCUCCUCCACGCAAAUGACGAACUCAUCACGGCACUGAUGACGUUUGAGCAGCUGGACCGCUCUAUUGACGCGGACAGUGAUUCCGACGACGAAGCGGCUGAGCAAGCCCAUGCGUAUCGGAUGCUCCGCGAAAAGUCCAAGGAGCAGAGCUCCCCUACAAGCCCUGCCGGCCAGAUGGCUGGGCUCAGUCUAAACCGCAGCCCGCCGCCUCCGCCGCGGCCAUCAGCCCUUUCAAAGCCAGGAGCGAAUCCCUCGAGCUUUAGGCCUGCAGCGCAGCAGCCUGAGUCAGAGGAGGAAGAUGAUGAGAAUGAUCCAUUCGCCGAUCGGAACGAGGUCGUGACUCCGGGGCUGGAGAAGACCCAGCCGCGAUGGUGAAGGCUUGCAGUCGUUCGGGGCUGCGGCACGCUCUCACCAUUAAUCACAUCAUCUCUAUACGUCCUUGUUUUCUUCAGUCGCGUUUGGGACAUGGCUCCCAUCCCCAUAGGGCAUGCCGCCGCCCAUACGUGUGGUACCCAGGGCUGUGUUGGGCUAUAGUCGUCCCGUCUGUUAUCUUGAUGCAGUGCUGUGUACAGAAUUAUGAGCAAAGAGAGCGGUUGGUCCUUCGUGUCUUGAUGUGACUCCUUCCAUUACGAAGAGGAAAUCGCGCAGUGAGCAGCACAGCUCGUAGCCCAGGGUAGUAGAACACUGCUAAGUAGCCAACUCUACGACCACGAGGUUGGCGGAGGUGGACAAAUGCUUCACAACAAGACAGAUAUAUGUCGAGCUGCCGAGGUGCGAUUUUGUAGCUUGCGUUCAGAAAUGGCUCUUCAUCGUGCAUGGAAACAACUAAAGUUGGGUAAAACGUAAGGCGACGGACGAAUGAUAUCUUAGGGUUCGAUUCGAACGAUUGGCACUUUGGGAGGAGAGGGGAUAAGGAACUAUCGAUGUAAUAAGUCGAAAAGAAGAUAAUGUAAUCAAGACAAAAGAUGGGAAACUCAUUAGCAAGCUAGUGAGAUAGGCAGCCCGAGGU